GCCCUGCCGCAGCCCUUGGAUGUCACCAACAUCCAGCUCCAAGCCAGUGAGGUGACGAAUGUCCAGCUGCAAGCCCUGCCACAGCCCUCCAAGGUGGCCAACAUCCAGCUCCGUGCUCUACCACAACCCUCAGAUGUCACCAACAUCCAACUGCAGGCCGCAGAGGUGACAAAUGUCCAGCUGCAAGCCCUGCCACAACCCUUGGAUGUCACCAACAUCCAGCUCCGAGCCCUGCCGCGACCCUCUGAGGUCACCAACAUCCAGCUACAGGCCACCGAGGUGACGAAUGUCCAGCUCCAAGCCCUACCACAACCCUUGGAUGUCACCAACAUCCAGCUGCAGGCCACCGAGGUGACAAAUGUACAGCUGCAAACCCUGCCACAGCCCUCUGAGAUCACCAACAUCCAGCUCCAAGCCCUGCCACAGCCCUCAGAGGUGCCCAGCAUCCAUCUUCAGGCCACAGAGGUGCCCAACGUCCAGCUGCAGACCACAGAGCUUCAGGCCACAGAGGUGCCCGACGUCCAGCUCCAGGCCAUGGAGGUGCCCAACAUCCAGCUGCAGACCACAGAGGUGCCCGACAUCCAGCUCCAGGCCAUGGAGGUGCCCAACAUCCAGCUGCAGACCACAGAGGUGCCCAAUGUCCAUCUCGAAACCACUGAGGUGCCUGAUGUCCGUCUCGAAACCACUGAGGUGCCCAACAUCCAUCUCCAAACCACAGAGGUGCCCAGCGUCCAUCUCCAGACCACAAAGGUUACCAGUGGCCACCUGCAGGCCACUGAGGUGACCAACAUCCAUCACCAAACCAUGGAGGUGCCUAGUGUCCAUCUGCAGGCCACAGAGGUGCCCAGCAUCCAUCUCCAGGAUGCAGAGGUGACCAGUGUCCAGCUGCAAGCCACUGAGGUGCCCAGCAUCCAUCCCCAAACCACGGAGAUGACAAAUGUCCAUCUCCAGGCCGCAGAGGUGACCAGUGUCCAUCUCCAGACCACUGAGGUGCCCAGUGUGCAUCACCAAACCACUGAGGUGCCCAGUGUCCAUCUCCAAGUCACGGAGGUGCCCAGCGUCCAUCUCCAGGCCACGGAGAUGACCAAUGUCCAUCUCCAAGACACCGAGGUGCCCAACAUCCAUCUCAAGAUCACAGAGGUGCCCAACAUCCAACUGAAGACAAUGGAGGUGACAAAUGUCCAUCUGCAGGCCACUGAGGUGCCCAACUCCUGUCACCAAAUGAUGGAGGUGCCCAGUGUCCAACUCAAGACCACGGAGGUGCCUAAUGUUCAACUGAAGGCUACAGAGGAGGUGGCCGACAUCCAACUCAAGACCAUGGAGGUGCCCAGUGUCCAACUCGAGACCGUGGAGGUGCCCGACAUCCAACUCAAGACCAUGGAGGUGCCCAAUGUCCAACUCAACACCGUGGAAGUACCCAACAUCCAACUCAAGACUGUGGAGGUGCCCAAUGUCCAAUUCAAGACCAUGGAGGUGCCCAAAGUCCAACUCGAGCCCAGGGAGGUGACAAAUGUCCAUCUCCAGGCCGCAGAGGUGCCCAGCGUCCAGCUGCAGACCACAGAGGUGACAAAUGUCCAUCUCCAAACCACCAAGGUACCCGACAUCCAUCUCCAAGCCACAGAGGUGUCCAAUGUCCAUCUCCAAACCACAGAGGUCCCCAGUAUCCAUCUUGAGCCCACAGAGGUGCCCGACAUCCAUCUCCAGGCCACAGAGGGGCCCAGCAUCCAGCUUCAGGCCACAGAGGUGCCCGACGUCCAGCUCCAGGCCAUGGAGGUGCCCAACAUCCAGCUGCAGACCACAGAGGUGCCCGACAUCCAGCUCCAGGCCAUGGAGGUGCCCAACAUCCAGCUGCAGACCACAGAGGUGCCCAAUGUCCAUCUCGAAACCACUGAGGUGCCUGAUGUCCGUCUCGAAACCACUGAGGUGCCCAACAUCCAUCUCCAAACCACAGAGGUGCCCAGCGUCCAUCUCCAGACCACAAAGGUUACCAGUGGCCACCUGCAGGCCACUGAGGUGACCAACAUCCAUCACCAAACCAUGGAGGUGCCUAGUGUCCAUCUGCAGGCCACAGAGGUGCCCAGCAUCCAUCUCCAGGAUGCAGAGGUGACCAGUGUCCAGCUGCAAGCCACUGAGGUGCCCAGCAUCCAUCCCCAAACCACGGAGAUGACAAAUGUCCAUCUCCAGGCCGCAGAGGUGACCAGUGUCCAUCUCCAGACCACUGAGGUGCCCAGUGUGCAUCACCAAACCACUGAGGUGCCCAGUGUCCAUCUCCAAGUCACGGAGGUGCCCAGCGUCCAUCUCCAGGCCACGGAGAUGACCAAUGUCCAUCUCCAAGACACCGAGGUGUCCAGUGUCCAUCACCAAAUGAUGGAGGUGCCCAACAUCCAUCUCAAGAUCACAGAGGUGCCCAACAUCCAACUGAAGACAAUGGAGGUGACAAAUGUCCAUCUGCAGGCCACUGAGGUGCCCAACUCCUGUCACCAAAUGAUGGAGGUGCCCAGUGUCCAACUCAAGACCACGGAGGUGCCUAAUGUUCAACUGAAGGCUACAGAGGAGGUGGCCGACAUCCAACUCAAGACCAUGGAGGUGCCCAGUGUCCAACUCGAGACCGUGGAGGUGCCCGACAUCCAACUCAAGACCAUGGAGGAGGCCCCGUGA